UUUCCGACUUCUCUCAACUAUCUCAGCUCCGUGUUCUCGGGUUGAUGGAUGUCAUGACCACUUUCCUUCCCAAUAUUCCCGAAGACUCUAACGAACGACUUGUUCGUACUUGUCAGACGGAAGUUAACGGAAUGUCUUAUGGCAUUGCCGACACCAUUGGGAGGAAUGGGUACCUAACCACGCUCGAUCUCGUCCUGCCCGAGUUCAGAGGCAAGAAGGAUGAGGCACCGUUCGCAAUGUUUGGGCGUACUAAAGCUUUUCCCAGCAACAAUAUUCUGUCAAAGGGGCCGUUUGCGAAACCCAUCCAGGGAUCAUAUCUUCCUUCUGCUUUCGUUAUCGUAUUCCUUUUCGACUGA